AUGUCCGCCGCCCCGACCCCCGGCCGCGACCCCGCGGCGGACCGCGAAGCGCUCAGGCAGGCGACGCUCGAGGCGGCGCGAAUGCGCGAGCGCGCGGAGACGCUCGAGACCGCGCUGCGCGAGGCGUCGACGAGCCGCGCGAGCGAGCGCGAGGGAUGGCGCGCGAGGUUGGAGCGCGCGGACGAGCGCGUUCGGCUGGAGCGCGUCCGCGUCGAGGCGCUCGAGGUGCGUCCGGUCCCGGUCGUCGUCGCGACGCGAUAUGCGACGCGCCGCGGCGCGGCCCGUCGCGCGCGAACUCUCGGCGGCGGCGGCCCGCCGGCCGUCGCGUCGCGGGCGUCGUUCAGAUUCGCGUCGCGUCGCUCGCGCGGCGCGCGCUUUUUCCCCUCCCGCUCGCGUCCCUCCGGGGGGACCCGCGGCCUCUCUCGCCGACGCCGACGCCCGUCCCACCCCACCGUCUGUCGUCCUCAGGUCGCGCUGGGCGAGCGCGAGCGAACGCCGCCGCCGCCGCCGUCGACGUCGAGCCGCGAGGAAGACGCGGAAGACGAGGUCGAGACGGACGAACCCUCAUCAUCGACGUCGCUCGCGGCGACGCGGCGCGGGGCUGGACGCGUCGCCGCCAGAACGUCCUCCUCCUCGGCUUCGCGCGUCGUCCGCGACCUCACGUCCUGGAAAGACCCCUCCGCGUCCGGAAAAGUCUUCGGCGGCGGCCUCUACGCGCUCGUGUGCGCGCACUCGCUGCGCACGGCGGCUAUCCCCGCGAGCGCGGUCCUCUGCGCGUGCGUCAUGGCGACGCUGUCGUCGACGCUCGCGUGGAAGCUCUUCUCGCGGCUGCGCGCGGGGGUCGGCCUCCGCGGCGUCGAGGCGUGGCGCGAGAGCGAAGACGCGUCCGCGGCGAAGCGGCGCGACCGCGAGGCGUCCGCGCGGCGAGUCGCCGCGAAGUUGGGGGGAUGGGUCGCCGCGACCGCGUCGAGAUGCGCGCCCGCCGCCGCGGAGUCGUGGCUCUUCGUCGAGAAGAUCGUGACGUGGGCGCAUCCGCCGAGCACGCUCCGCGCGUGCUUCGUCGCGUGGGUCAGCUCGCUCGUCGCGCGCGUGUGGUGGCUGUCCGCGAUGACGACGGCGACGACGUUUUGGAUCCUGGCGUUCGCGGCGCCGCCGUUCCUCGCGGCGUUCGGACCCGCGGCGGCGGCGGCGUCGCGCGCGUUCGCCGCCGACGCCGCCGCUCGAUUCGCGCACGUCCUCAACGACCGGAGGUUCCAGCUCGGGUUCGUCGGGUUCGUGUGGACGCACGCGGGCGUCGCGGGGAAGACGCUGCUGGUCCUCGCCGCGGUGACGCUCGUGCUGACCGUGUCCCCGGGGGAGCCCGCGCGGGACCAGGGCGAGACGGCCGGCGGCCGGCGGCGUUCGAGCGCGGCGGCGGCGAGGGGACCCGGCAUAAUAGCGGGGAGGGACGACGCGACGACGACGGUCAGCGGGAGCGUCGUGAUCACGGAGCUGCCGGCGUCGCCGACGCGGAAGGCGGCGACGACGGCGACGACGAGGGUGGCGGAGACGAGGAGGAGGGCCGCGGCGACGGCGACGACGACGGCGCCGCCGAGGCGGAUGUCUUUUUUCGGCGGGUACGGCCGAAGAGCCGCCGCCGCCGUCGCCGCGUCUGCUUCUUCGCCAAAGUCGGAGCGGGACGCCCCGGGCAGAGGCGGCGACGAGAACGUCCCGCCGUGGGGCGGGGACUCGCCGACGACGCCGACGACGAAGCAGCGGCGGGCGGGCGCGGAGGACGCCUUCGGCGGCAGCGUGGAGAAGCGGCUGUCGCUCUCGCGUCGGCGGAUGAUCGCAGAGCGCGCGCGACGGCUCAUGGCGGACUCGGACGACGACUGA